AUGAGUUAUAGUUCAGCAAGUUCAGAAUUAGAGAAGAAAAAUGAUCAGAUGAAGGACGGAUUUCAGCCGUACAGGAUGAGCAUCGAGGAAGUUACAGCAUAUUUCGAUACGGAUAUCGAAAAUGGAUUAACCUCGUCUCAAGCAAAGACCGUAUACGACAUCAAAGGAGGAAAUAACUUAGGGGACGAUGAUAAGAUCUCGUAUUCUAAGAUUUUUGCCCAUCAAAUGUUCAAUGCGAUGAUUUUGGUGUUAAUUAUUUCGAUGGUUAUUGCCUUGGCAAUCAGAGACUGGAUUACGGGGGGUGUGAUUGGUUUUGUUGUUUUCAUCAAUAUCCUGGUGGGGUUUGUACAGGAAUUAAAGGCAGAGAAGACCAUGGGGUCCUUGAGAUCAUUGAGUUCGCCUACUGCAUUUGUAUUAAGAAAUGGUGAUGAUGUGACCAUCCCGGCAGAUGAAGUGGUUCCAGGUGAUAUUGUGCAUAUUAAAGUUGGGGACACCGUUCCUGCAGAUUUACGUUUGAUAGACACCAUGAACCUUGAAUCCGAUGAAGCUUUGUUAACAGGGGAAUCGUUGCCUACUGUAAAGGACCACAACGAGAUCUAUCCCGAUCGCUCAGUUCCUAUUCCAGUUGGAGACCGUCUUAAUAUGGCUUUCAGUUCAUCUGUGGUUUCUAAGGGUCGUGGUGUCGGUAUUGCUGUUGCAACAGGUUUAGAUACUGAGAUUGGUACAAUCGCCCAAUCAUUACGUGGUAACGAUGGGUUGAUCAGAAAAGUGGAUAAGUCAAAUGAUCGUAAGCCAAAGAAGAGAGAAUACUCCUUUGCUUUUUUUGGUACUUGUAAAGACAUCUGUCUUAAUAUCUUAGGUGUUAACGUUGGUACUCCAUUGCAAAGAAAAUUAUCGCUUUUGGCUAUUUUCUUGUUCUGUGUUGCGGUUAUAUUUGCUAUUGUUGUUAUGGGAUCUCAGAGAAUGAUUGUUAACAGGGAAGUUGCUAUAUAUGCUAUCUGUGUUGCUUUGUCAAUGAUUCCUUCUGCAUUGAUUGUUGUAUUGACUAUUACGAUGGCAGUGGGUGCACAAGUAAUGGUGCUGAAAAACGUUAUUGUUAGAAAAUUAGAUUCUUUAGAAGCUUUGGGUGGGAUUAAUGAUAUUUGUUCAGAUAAAACUGGUACAUUAACCCAAGGUAAGAUGAUUGCUAAAAGAGUAUGGAUUCCUAAUGUUGGUACUUAUUCGGUUGAUAAUUUGAAUGAGCCAUAUAAUCCAACAGUCGGUGACAUGUCAUUCACCAAAUAUAGUCCUAGGUACGCUAAGGAUGCAGAUGAAGAAAUUAACUUUUUACCUAAUUUGCCUGACCAACCAAAGAAUUUUGAAAAUUGGUUAUAUACUGCAACAUUAGCUAACAUUGCUACAAUUAACCAAGCCAAAGAUGAAGAUUCUGGUGAAUUAGUUUGGAAGGCUCAUGGUGAUGCUACCGAAAUUGCAAUUCAAGUGUUCACUACCAGGUUGGAUUAUGCUAGAGUAUCAUUACAAGGUAAUUACGAACACAUAAGUGAAUACCCUUUUGAUUCCACUAUUAAAAGAAUGUCGGCUGUUUAUAAGUCUAAAGAAAAUGGAGAAACCAGAGUCUAUACCAAAGGUGCCGUUGAAAGGAUCUUGGGUAUUUGUACUCAUUGGUUAGGACAUUCGGACAAUUACGAAGAAGACUAUGACGCUAAUUAUGAUAAUUCUAAACCAAUUGAAAUGACUGAUGAUGACAGAGCUUUGAUUGAGGACAACAUGAAUGCAUUAUCAUCGCAGGGUUUAAGAGUCUUAGCAUUUGCAACUAGGAACGCGACUGAUUCGAAGGAUGAUUUGAGUGACAGAGAACAAGUUGAAAAAGACUUAACAUUCCAAGGCUUAAUUGGUAUAUACGACCCUCCAAGAAUCGAAACUGCAGAUUCUGUUAAGAAGUGUCAUAAAGCUGGUAUUAAUGUUCACAUGUUAACUGGUGAUCAUCCAGGUACAGCUAAGGCAAUCGCUCAAGAAGUUGGUAUUUUGCCACAUAAUUUAUAUCAUUACAGUGAUGAAGUUGUCAAAUCAAUGUGUAUGACAGCUACUCAAUUUGAUGGAUUAACUGACGAAGAAAUUGAUAAUUUGCCGGUUUUACCAUUAGUUAUUGCAAGAUGUGCACCGCAGACUAAAGUUAGAAUGAUCGAUGCAUUGCAUCGUCGUAAGAAGUUCGUUGCCAUGACAGGUGAUGGGGUUAAUGACUCUCCAUCCUUGAAGAAGGCUGACGUUGGUAUUGCUAUGGGUCUUAAUGGUUCAGACGUCGCAAAAGAUGCGUCUGAUAUUGUUUUAACAGAUGAUAAUUUCGCAUCCAUUUUAAAUGCAAUAGAAGAGGGUAGAAGAAUGUCUACUAAUAUUCAAAAGUUCGUCUUACAAUUAUUAGCAGAGAAUGUUGCACAAGCAAUAUACUUAAUGGUUGGUUUAGUAUUUAUUGAUGAUUCUGGAUUUUCUGUUUUCCCAUUAUCUCCUAUUGAAGUCUUAUGGGUUUUAGUGAUUACAUCAUGUUUCCCAGCUAUGGGAUUAGGUCAAGAAAAAGCCAGUGAUGAUAUUUUAGAAAAACCUCCUAACAGCACUAUUUUUACUUGGGAAGUUAUUAUCGAUAUGCUUGCAUAUGGUCUCUUUAUGGCUAUUUCCUGUAUGUGUUGUUUUGUUAUUAUUGUCUACGGAGUUGGUGAUGGUUACUUAGGAAUUGAUUGUAAUGCAUCAGACACUCAUUGUGACUUGGUCUUUAGAGCAAGAUCAGGCUCAUUCGCCACUAUGACCUGGUGUGCUUUAAUUAUGGCAUGGGAAUGUGUCCAUCAAGAAAAUUCCUUAUUUUACAUGAGGAGAGAUACUGAUAACCCAUGGUGGAAACAAACCGCAAUCGACUUAUGGGGUAACCAAUUCUUAUUCUGGUCCGUUAUUGUUGGAUUUGUUACAGUCUUUCCUGUCGUUUAUAUUCCUGUUAUAAACAACGAUGUUUUCUUACAUAAGGGUAUUGGAUACGAAUGGGGUAUUGCUAUUGGCUUUAGUUUAUUCUUCUUACUUUCUUCAGAAACCUGGAAGUGGAUGAAGAGAAUCUACAAGCGUAAACAGGCCAAGAAAGUCGUAAACCCUGAAUAUGAUUUGGAAAGAAAUGAUCCAUUUGAAAAGUACGCAUCAUUUUCAAGGUCUAAUACUUUUGAUAAGAAUACCGUUCUUGUCUAA